UUUCGCGCAGAACGACGACGGCUUUCAUGGAGCGCGUACGCGGCGGAUUGUAAACGAUAUAUCCGUGCCGAAGUCGAGCGGACAGCGGACCACUCACACGAACGGGCGCGCGCUUUCUCUCCCUCCUUUCUCUCCUCUCUCUCCCUCUUUCUCUGUCUAUCCCUCUUUCUCUCUUCUUCUCUGUCUGUCCUUCGGUCCGUCCGUCUCUCCGUCUCCUCCGUCUGUGUCGCUUCGCGAGCGCGGACGGUACGACGCACGCUCCCUUUCUUGACGUAUCCCCGCCGCGGCCGCCGGAGAUCCUCUCAGUCAGUCUCGCGGUAAAGGACGUCGCGCGAGCUUCAGAGGUUCAGAGUCACAGGGCGUCUCAGGAGAAGAGAGGACGGUAAAGAUGGCAGAGGACAAGAACGAGACGAGCCCGAGCGCCGAGGGCGAGAAGCCGCCGCAGGAGUCGGCGGCGGCGUCCCCGCCGGCCAAGGAGGAGCCGACGAAGAAGGUCGAGGAGAAUGGCGAGGGCGAGAAGCCGAAGGAGAACGGCGAGGAGAAGGCCACGCCGGAGCCGAAGGACAUGCGGGCGAUCGUGCUCAACGGUUUCGGCGGCCUGAAGAGUGUUAAGGCCCUCAAGAAGCCGGAGCCCACCCUCGCCGAGGGAGAGGUCCUCAUACGCGUCAAAGCCUGCGGACUGAACUUCCAGGAUUUGAUGGCCAGGCAGGGCGCGAUCGACUCGCCCCCGAAGACCCCGUUCAUCAUGGGCUCGGAGUGCGCGGGCGACAUCGAGCAGGUCGGCGAGGGGGUCGAGAAUUUUAAAGUGGGCGACAGGGUAGUCGCCCUUCCCGAUCACAAAGCGUGGGCGGAGCUGGUCGCCGUGCCGGCGACGUCCGUUUUUGCGCUACCGUCCGGGAUGAGCUACCUCGACGCGGCCGCCAUCACCAUGAAUUACACCGUGGCUUACAUUCUGCUCUUCGAGCUGGCCCAUCUUACGCCCGGCAAGAGCCUCCUGCUGCACAGCGCCGGCGGCGGUGUGGGUCAAGCGGUGGUGCAGCUUGCAAAAACCGUGAAGGACGUAACCAUCUUCGGCGUGAGCAGCAAAUCUAAGUGCGAGGCUCUUAAAAAUGCUGGAACUAUCGACCAUCUGCUGGAACGCGGCGCAGAUUAUAGCAACGAAGUCAGAAAAAUUUCCCCGGAAGGCGUGGACAUCGUCUUAGAUUGUCUAUGCGGCGAAGAAUGUAACAAGGGCUACGCCCUCUUGAAGCCAAUGGGCAAAUACAUUCUUUAUGGAUCCAGCAACGUCGUCACCGGGGAAACUAAGAGCUUCUUUUCCGCAGCGCGAUCAUGGUGGCAAGUCGACAAAGUAUCGCCCAUAAAGCUGUUCGACGAGAAUAAGACACUGUCCGGAUUGAACCUACGCCACUUGUUGUACCAGCAAGGUAGUCACGCGUUCGUUCGACGAGCGGUGAAUCAAGUGUUUACGCUGUGGAGCGAGGGCAAAAUCAAGCCAGUGGUGGAUUCAACAUGGGCGCUGGAGGACGUGCCUGAGGCCAUGCAAAAAAUGCACGAUCGCAAGAACAUCGGUAAGAUCGUGCUGGAUCCGAGUCUAGAACCGAAACCUAAACCAGCUACGCCAGCUAAGGGCAAAGCGAAAGACAAGAAGGCCGCGAAUCAGGAGGAGAAAAAGGCAUCUAGCGUAGAAUCGGAGGAAGGAGAGAAGAAGAAAGAGCAAGAGUUGACAAACGGUACCUCAGAAGACAAAUCUGAUAGUGAUUCGAAAGAGAAGGAAUCUAGCUGAAUUAGCAGUAGUAACUAAUCCUAUAAGAACAAAGAAACGAUACCCUUAAACAUCAAGGAAAUUCCAGGAAAGUACUAUUGCUGAGAAAUCCAUCGCUGUUAUCCAAGAGAACGAUCAAUUUGAGCAAACCAGGAAUGGUAUCACCUAGAAUUUACAUGCAGAUGAUCCAUAAUUAAAGAACUGUAAUUUAUAUUGUAUGACUUAAAUGGGGAAAGAUAAUCUCUCUCGUCGAGAUGUUACCUGUGGAACAUGGAAUUCAAAGUUUUAAUUUAUAGCGAAUAAUUGAUCGCUUGCACUGUAAGCUAUACACUAUUUUCUUUUAAUGUUGAAAAAACUGUCCCUUUGUCAUCUGCAUGUAUUUGUUCUACUCACAUUUGCGCCGAGAUUAAAAGUUGAUACAUAGGAAGGAGAAUCAAUCAGCAUAUUGCAUAAGAACGAGAGAAUCAACCAAAUAGAAAUAACAAUCUUGAUGCGGUCCACAGUAGUUUACAGAAUAUAAAAACGUUAUGUUUAUUUUUUCACACCGACCAAGUGAUUAAUUUUGCGAGGAGUUAAAUAAACAACUGUUGGAUACCAGAUAGUUAUUAGGCAGCUUGGUUUUUUUUAAUUAUUAAUAUUGUAGUCAUUUCAGGAAAUGGUAACAAUCUUUCCGUACUUAUCAAACAAUUAUGAAAACGAUGCAAAGAAAUAUAAGCUGUUUAACAAUUUUGUGUUGUCCAACAGCUAUUUACUUGACUCUAUCUAUUUGUAUCGAAUACUAUCGCUGCUAUUAUGAUAUAUACUAACAAUCUCUUACAUUAAUAUAAUAUUACCUCUAUUUGUAAUUUAAUGGGAUAAAAUAACAUAUUGCGCUAGAGUUUCCGUGGAGAAAAGCUAAACGCGGGGCUGCAUUACUUUCGUAUGUAAAUUUUAUGUAUUAAAGAUGUUUUUACGCCACCUUAUUAUUCAUCGUGAUGCUUUUGUCACGAUGAAACAUCCUUUUAAAUUUUAACGAUAUAGUCAUGAAAGUCAAGAGUAAUAUUUAGCAUUACAUAUUAUGGGGCAUUUCGCUGGAAUUUAGACACUCUUUUUUUCAUACUCUUUCAUACUUUAUACUUAUGUAAAAUUAAUUGUAGACUUUUUACGCAAAAAUGGAAAAGCAAAAAAAAGUUGUCUAAAGUGUCUAAAUGUAACUGCCUGAAAACUUAUUGCAAUCGGUAUUUUUCUAUAAUCGGGGUUCUACCUCUUUCUUCAAAUCACUGAUAUAUACUGAUCUUUGCAACGAUAUAUCAACGAGAUGCUUUCAAGAUGUUUCGAAUUAAAUUUUUUGGAAAUCUGACGCAAUGCUAAAAACUAUUUAAGGAUAAAUGCAUUCGUUGAUCUUUAUCAUGCGCUAAAACGUUUGGAUAACGAUCAGAAUUUAGUAUCCAUUCUGAAUAUAAGAACUAACUGAUGUAUAACAUGAAUUAAUUAAGCGAAAAUGUAAUUAGACUGAUUAAUUAUGGCUUGAAAUUGUAAAAGCCUAAUAGAGAGAGACAUUACUCGGCACGGAAGUGCUUUGAGAAUCAUCUUGGCGAAAUGUUGGCGUAUUAUCAUUUCUACGUGAAAGAGAGAAAUUUUUUAAUCGGUUUCAACGAUAGAAACACUGAGCGUAUGUGCUUGUACAAUACACAUGUCUCAUCGUUUUUAUUCAGAUAUACGGAUUGAUAAUGUAUUUUAAAGACUCCGAGUCUUUUUAUCGUUUAAAUGAAAUUUUAUAAACAUUUUAAUGACGUUGCAUCAACAUAUGUACAUGAAGAGUAAUUUAAAGAAUUAGCAUUUUAGAAGUAUAUCGCUUUUCUUUUUUCUACGAGAAGGAACGACAGUCUAAAGUACGCAAAGGCCUCAUUUUUUUAUUAUUGCAUAUUCGCACGAAUGCAGUUGUGUCGCUUGGACGCCGAAUGCGUGACUGCAGUUCCGACAAGUUACGUAAAAAUCCGCAUUGCGGAUUUUUCCUCAACUUUCGAAUCUUCGAGUUAUAGUUUUCCGACCGGCCGCGAUAUAUUAUGCGAUGUAUUGUCGGCCGUUCUGCGCGAGUAAACAGUGAAGGAUGCGUUACUAAUGGUGAUCUGUUGAACGAGGUUUCGUAGUAAUAUAAACGAAAGAUUGAGGAUCCUCGUGAGUUUCGAGGAGAUAGAACGAAGGGAAGAAAGAAAGGAAGAAAAAAGAAAAAAAAAGAGAUCUCGAGGGCGUGUCCUCGAUGGAACGCGGCUCGGUGGAGGAGCGGUGGCCGAUGCAGAACAAAGUGUGCAUAUCUCUCCGGAACGUUGGAACAAUUUUGAUGUAGCCGAUUUCGUUAGGAUUUGAUACUAGCUCUGUAUACCGAUAUCUAUAUUAUACAAAUCACUAUGCGAGAUGAAAAAAGAGUUACGCGGACGAGGGGCAAGGUAUGUGUCGACGAUAUCCCGCGCGCUAGUCUCGAGCUCGUCUCUCGGGACGGGCGCGCGUAUAAGCGCCAAGAAUUAACUGCCGUAUCGAAUCUCUCGGUCCAAAGGUACAUAAUACUAAUCCUUACUCGUCGAGAAAACGUAUCAAUCUGAAAAAGAAAAAGACAAAAAAAAGUAUGGGAAAAACUGCGAAAAACAAUGGUAAAUGUGGCUGCAUAUUUUGAGACAUCUUUUAAACACGUAAUGAUAACACAUGAUAAAUUCCACAUGAGGCGAACACGAGUACACACGAGUACACGCUCACACACGGAAAUACGACGACACCACACAUCAUAUUGUAUAUUUUAUUGUAAGGCUUUAAAUGUUCCAUCAAAUAACUCUAUUAUAUUAUAAUAUAUCUAUAUAUUUGUAUCGAUCGUUUCCUCUCCUGUCCUGAUUACUUUUUUACUUAGGUCCGAAACGUCAGGAUAAGAAUUCGGGAUCUGUGCAGAGGUGUUACACGUCGGGAUUGAAUGCGAGGGUUUUGAAUUUUUAGAUCGAUUAGCGCGAGGGAAUGUGAUGUCGAGAUUUUUCAGGAAUUAGUAACAUUAAUCAAACAGCCAAACCUUACAUACAACUGCCGUAAAAAUUGUGUUUUCAGAGACGUUUUUGCGUUCUCUUAGUUGAAAGACGAUCUCAUAAAUAUAUUGCAUUUAAUAUUUUCUGUACAGCUAGUAGUACAGUCCUUGUGUUAUUCUCAGUUAAUUCUCCCUCGACGAAAGAGACGAGACAUUUCAGAUAUACUUUGCGUGAUUAAUUGCCUUUGACGAGAAGCCGCGAAUAAGGCCGAGCUCAUUACGUUGAUUUAUAUUGAUUAUUAGCAUAUUUAAUUACCGUAUACUCUGGAAACAUUUACCUAAAGCGAAUCUAAAAGCAGAUUUAAAAAUGUGCGCUAUCUUCCUUUUGAUAUCUUCUUAACGCGUCUUAUAACUGCGAAACGUUAUUAUUGUAAUUUUUGAUAAAUAUUUUAAUUACAAGCAUAAAAACUCACUUUACGUUGCGGGAGUGUUUUUACUAACCGAAUUUCUAGAUUUUUAUAAAAUUAAAUAUUUAAUGUGUCUCUCGCACACAUAUUUCUGUGUGAUACACGUUCACACUUAGAUUGUUCGACUGAACUACUUUUAUAGCAAAUUUUAUUCGAGCCGAGUGAAUUUGAAGUUUUUAAACCAUUGGAUAAUCUGUACAAAUUGCUGCUUCGAAAUGCAUUUAAUAGUUUUAAGAAAAUCAUGAUUUGUGCCAUCGUCGCAAGAAUCAAGUGAUAUAAUUCAUCAUUCGCUCGUUUAUGCUACAAUGAAUCUUUAAAGCCAAUUGUGUAUACAUUAUAAAUCAUUGUUGGGAAUGAUGAAGAGAAAUUAUUCGCAGUUGCCACAAUAAAGUGAGUACGCGGUGGGAAUCAGUUUCCAAGCUUCAGUGACAAUUUUCAGCCGUUGGAAGAAGGGUUUCAUUCUCGUCUCAAGGCUACGAUUAUUCCGUUUGGCGCGAUAGAGAGAAAGAGAGAGAGAGAGAGAGAGAAAGAAAGGAAGUUAAGAAUGUUGUGCGUCUUUAUUAGUUAUGCGAAACCGCAUCGUUAGAGAGCAGGACCUACAAUAUUUCGCGAACGUGAUACAUGAUUAUGAUUGUGUAAAAUUGUAAAAUUUGUCGAGGGGUCCGGGCGAAAGCGACGCGCUUUUUCUAAUUGUGAGACUCUUAGGUCGCAGACCACAGCUUCACCGAAGACACUCACAAAAGAAGGAAAGGAUACCUUCGCCCGCUCCCCGUCAAGCUUGAUAUAUAGAUUGUAUUUUUGGCUUAUUACUGUAAGACUGACUAUGUUGCUAUAUUAAAGAUUGCUUCAAAAACA